AUGGCCGCAACAACAAUGGCUACAGCCGCAGGGGCGGUGGUGUUAUUGUACUAUGUAUUGGCUCGGAAAAUGACUUCGGCUGAUGCGAAGGCCGCCGAGGACGAUGAGGGACGGGAAUACAUGAAAUCAAGUAAAUCGAAGAGGAAGAUCGCGCAGAGGAGGCCAGCUCAGGCGCCUGCCACGUGGUUUGAAACGAUUUCGACUCUCUCUGAGACGCUUAGAUUCACGUAUUCAGAAACCCUAGGAAAAUGGCCUCUUGGAGACUUGGCUUUCGGCAUCAAUUAUUUGUUGCGAAGGCAGGGUAAUGCACAAGUAGCCAGUGUAUAUGCUGGAGAAAACAGCAUACAGCUGAAGGGACCCGAAAUCAUUGCAGAGUUAAAACACUAUUUAAGAUUGUUGACUCUCUGCAUGCUUUUCUCAAAGAAACCAUUCCCAGUCUUUCUAGAAUCUGCUGGCUUUUCAGAAGCAGAUGUCCUAUUGCAGAAACCAAAAGCAGGGCUUUUGAAGCCUGCGUUCACGAUUAUCUGUGAUAAAGAUUCAAAAUGCUUCCUUCUAUUGAUUCGAGGAACACAUAGUAUUAAAGACACACUUACAGCAGCAACUGGUGCUGUUGUCCCUUUUCACCAUUCGGUUUUACAUGAUGGUGGAAUUAGUAAUCUUAUUUUAGGUUAUGCACAUUGUGGAAUGGUUGCUGCUGCUCGUUGGAUUGCAAAGCUCAGUAUCCCUUUCCUUCUUCAAGCCCUCAAAGACAACCCUACUUAUCAAGUCAAAAUUGUUGGUCAUUCCCUUGGUGGUGGCACAGCUGCACUCUUAACUUACAUUCUUCGCGAACAAAAAGACUUAUCAUCCAUUUCAUGCAUCACAUUUGCACCAGCUGCUUGUAUGACAUGGGAAUUAGCUGAAUCCGGUCAACACUUCAUCACCACAAUAAUCAACGGCUCUGAUCUUGUCCCAACUUUUUCAACCGCUUCUAUAGACGAUCUUCGCACCGAGGUUACAGCGUCAUCUUGGUUAAAUGAUUUGAGAGAUCAAGUUGAACAAACUAGAGUUUUAAACGUUGUAUAUCGUUCUGCUACUGCUUUGGGGUCACGUCUCCCUUCAAUAGCCAAUGCAAGAGCCAAAGUUGCUGGUGCUGGUGCUAUGUUGCGCCCUGUUUCCAGCAGCACUCAGGUUGUAAUGAAACGCGCUCAAAAUGUCGCACAAGCGGUGGUCAGAACGCGGUCAACUCUCUCUGCGUGGUCAUGCAUGGGUGCGCGCCGCCGCGCUGUCGGCACUCCACCGCCGGAUGGUUUUUCCGAAACUACCCUUAUACUUGAAAAAAGCCCCGAUUCUACCCCAACCACCCCAACUACCAAUAACAACCUCGACCGCCGUGACGCCACCAUUGACCGCUGUUCUUCUAGCGGCGGGUCGGCCCAUGAUGACACGGACGAAGAGGAACACCUUAUUCCGGUGGACCACAUCACGUCGAAUGCGAAUUCCAACCACAUCACAGAAGGUGAACUUUUGUAUGAACUUGAAAAGGAACUUCAAAGGCAAGAGAACAAAGCGGAUAUUGAAGAGGAAGAAGAAGCUGCAGCUGAAGAGAUUAGAGAAGAGGAGAAAGUUAUAGCGGAUGCGGUUGAAUCCGAACAGGCGAUUUCUUCAUCGGAUAUGUCGGAGAAUUACCAUUUAUACCCUCCUGGGAAAAUUAUGCAUAUUGUUUCGGUUUCGAUUGUGAGAGAUGAGAAUCAUAGUCGUGAUUGUGAUUCUGCCAUUGAUGAACAUGUAGAACAUGAAGAAGUGGAAAGUGAAUGUGUGGGUAUUUAUGAGACGAAUAGGGAACUUUAUGGGAAGCUGAGGUUGUCGAGGACGAUGAUUAACGAUCAUUAUAUGCCAAUGUAUAAGAAGAUGAUGGAGAAAUUAUUGGUGGAAUUAGAAAAAUAGAUUCGAUUAUAUUAGUUUGGUAUAUAGAUAUAUAUUAUAUAUUUACACAUAUAUUGUAAUUGUAUGAUAUGAUUGAUGAAUGGUGGUUGAUU